AUGUCUUUUUUGUAUAUGCACAGAUGCUGCUUCAAAAAUACCUUGUCUUCCAGUUUAACACAUUCUUUUGAAUUAUCUUCAAACACUAUUACACCGGUAAUCACACGCAAUGUGUUGGGUGCUGUCAGAACCAAGACAGAUUAUGCCAAUGCUCCAAAACCCACAAUACAAAAAAGUCCAUUGGUUUCACCUUUAGAAUCGCUGCAAGUUAUUCCAAAAGAUUUGCUUCCAUAUGACAUCAAAAGAAGGAAAGAAUCUGGAUGGUUGCCAGUUUAUUCAGCAUAUCGCAACGGACGGUCACGUAAACUCACAUUGAUUAGAGAUGUAAGGGGAAACACAGAACAACUCAAGCAGGAUUUAAGCCAUUUGAUUCCAAAAGAGAGGAUCAGUAUCAAAUCAGCAGGAUCUAAGCUGGAAAUCAAUGGAGAUUAUAUUGAAGUCAAUUGGUUGAGCAUGGCAUCUACUGUGAAGAGGUCUGCCCGUACUGUUGCCCAUGCUGUCCGCUCUUCCAGCGGAUUGAAUGUAGCCUGCUCUUCUGCAUCGACUCUUGCUGCAAUUUCUGCUGCUGCCAACGCUGCUUCGGCCAAUUCGGCUCGAGUUCUUGCCGAUUGCAGUCAUUCGGCUGGUUCAACUACAAGCAAUGCCAUGGUUAGGUCUUGCACAAACACUACUGGUGCUGGAAAAGGAACCAGUCAUGGAUUUUCAAACCUACAGCAAGGUGUUGCUGGUCUUUCUGCAGCGGUUGCUUCGAUUGCUGCUUCAGACCGAAAAGAAACAGUCGAUGCCGACCCAUUGCCUCUGCAAAUGCCUCCACUGCCCAGCAUCCUUGUUAGCAAUGGCUCAAGUGUUUAUGCUCUUACUGCCUCUGCAUCCGCAUCCACUACUAGACCUGCAAAAAGAUCUUCAACCCCUAGACAUUGCAAGCAGCAACCAUUGAUUGAACUUUCUGCAGCCACUAAUACAAUGGGCAUGACUGGUUUAAAACUGUCUGCUUCCACCAGAUCUUCGCACAGGCUUGCUGCACUUGCCUCGUUUAGAGGCGAGUAUUCUACUUCACAGUCUAUAGAGUCGAAUGACUCGACACACGUGACAACUGGUCGAGUUCUCGGCAAGCGAUUGCGAAGUUCUAGCAUCGAUGUGUCGUCUAGUCUUGAUCGUUUGGCUUCUCACUUGGAAAAUCCAGUGUGUUCUGUUGUCUCAUCCGACCUAUCAGGAUCGACUGCUUUUCCUAGGAAAACGGCCAAGCUUGAUUCAUCCAUCUUUGCUAAUACAUUGACUACGCAGCGGCCGUCUUUGCCAAAACAAGCAUUGGCUCGUAGUAUUACCAACAAAGAAUUAAAAUUCACAAAAAAUUCCACUCUACACAAGGCUUCCAAAUCCAAUCAUUUGGCUUUGAACCUGGAAACUAGCUCGGUUGAUUCACAGCCUAUAUGUGCAACAACUACCACUGGAUUGAAACGCAUCUGUCAGUACUGUGGAACAGACUCAACUCCCAUGUGGCGACAUGGUCCCAAGGAAAAUGAUCCACUUUGCAACAAAUGUGGAGUCAAGUGGAAGCGUGGACGGAUUCUCACCCCUGGAUUUUAUCCUAAACAGAAACAGAUUUCAUCUGAAAAACUGGCUGCUUUAAACCUCAACUGUCAGCUUGAGAAUGUUGCCAUGUUGGCUGCCAUGAAUGGAAAAUCGUGCAUCAAAACAACUGGCAAUAUGAAACAGAAAAAAUCCACUACUUUGAAACACUCGAUUCCUUCUUGUACCAAAUCCAAUAUCACACAUGAACCACAGCAGACACCAUCAUCGUGUAGUACGUUUGGUAAUCAGACUUCGUUCCAUUCUGCUGUUUUCAAACGAGGUCCAUUAACAUCAACAUCUCUUGGAUUAAGAACUGGGUCUACACCUGACCGAUGGCUUGCACCCAUUCAUCGUGUCGGCUUUGCAUCACCAAAAACCACUCUUGAAUCAAACUGGAAGCAUACAACCAAGGAAACAACGGAUCUUCCCUUUUUACUUGAUCAUGCUGAUCUUACAGAUAUUUCUACAAGUGACACAUGCAAUGAGAAUCUCAGUACAUCACCAACUCUCACAGACAUGGACACUCCAGUUCGAUCCAAAUCCACACUAAGCCAUUCUGAUAUGGAGAUUGAUAUCAUGGGAACUCUAAGCGACACAUCCAUUGAAGAGUCUACAUGUACACCACUCUUGAUUCAAAAAAAGAAGUCCAUGGUAAACGUAUAUGGAUGUGCUAGAUUAAUGCCCAUCAAGGGUAUAUUGACACAUCGAAGACCCUACACACCACCUGUAUCGUCUGAUCCACUCUACAUUAACAUGAAUGCUUUGGUUCAACCUCUACCAUCCACAUCGACUUUACAAACUGUGAAUCCGACUGGUUUUAAAUUCCCUCUUCUUUCACCUCCACUCAUUUCAUCUACAACGGAUGUGACAAAACGUACUUUGUACUUACAACAUAGAUUGGAAACUUCUACUGUACCGCAAGUUGCUAUGCUUAUGGAUGUACUCACUACAUCUCCAGCAGGUGGAUCGGUUGGAAUAUCACAUGCAUUACUCUGUGGACGAGAUGUUGAAGUGGAUGUGCGGGAUUUAGAUAGAGUAACGUGGGCUAGAGUGUGCAGAGUGUUUGGCGAUCUGAGUAUGUAG